AUGUCCACCAUGAAUUCAUUAUCUGAAAAACCAGACGCGCCUCCAGAAGACUGGACAACCGACAAAGAGAAUCCCCGAAACUGGCCCAAGCUCCGCAAGGUAGCUACAGGCCUGAUCGUCUGCGCAAUCGGCUUCACAACAACGCUCGGCGCGUCGAUCUACUCACCCGGUCACACAGAAGUACAACAUGAAUUCCACGUAUCAGCAACCAUAUCACUCUUGCCACUAUCGGCAUACUCUCUCGGCCUUGCCUUUGGUCCUAUGAUUUCUUCACCAUUAUCCGAAGCCUUUGGUCGCAGAUUUGUGUACCUGGCUACCCUCCCGCUGUGCGAUAUCUUCAUCCUCGCCACGGGAUUCUCACGCGGGAUCGUUUCGUUGACGGUCUGUCGUUUUUUUGCCGGUUUCUUUGCUGCUCCUGGUGUUUCAGUUGCCGCUGCUGUGAUUUCUGAUUUUACGGCGCCGGAAAAGCGGCUUGUGCCUCUUGCGGGGUACUAUGCGAUGCCGUGGCUUGGAAGUGCGAUCGGGCCGUUGAUUGGGGAUUUCAUUGUGCAGGCUAAGGGGUGGAGAUGGACUGCUUGGAUUAUUUUGUUUAUGGCCGCUGCUUUUCAUCCGCCUGUGUUGUUUUUGAGGGAGUCGUAUAAAGCGACGAUUUUGCAAAGGAGGGGUAAGAGGAGGGGUUCGGAGAAGUCGGGGGAGAUUUCAGAUGGUGAGGAUGGCCUCUCAUUUCUCGGAAUGGUAGGUGGAUGCAUGGUUGCGCCGUUUAUUCUCAUUGCGUUGGACUAUUUCCUGCGUAUCCGGAACAAGCUACGAUCAAGCUCAGAGCCAUUCAGCCCCGAAAACAAACUCCGCAAUGCACUGUAUGGGAGCUUCAUACUUCCGAUCGCUCUAUUCUGGUUUGGCUGGAGCGCCAAGUCUUCCGUCCACUGGAUAUGUCCGAUCUUGGCGCAAGCACUCGCCUUCGUCGGCAGUUAUCUCAUCUAUGUGCCGUGCAGUCUGUAUAUGGUGGAUGUUUAUGGCGCAAAGUACAGCGCUUCAUCUAAUGGAGCUUCUUCAUUCUCCCGGUAUACGCUUUCGGCUGCUUUCCCCCUCUUUGUGACGCAGAUGUAUGAAAAGCUGGGCGUGGGGUGGGCAUCGAGUCUUCUGGGAUUUCUAGCAUUGGGUAUGGCACCUAUCCCUUGGGUAUUCUAUCAUUAUGGGCCUGUUUUACGGAGUAGGAGUUCUUAUGAGCAUGGUACUUGA